AGAUAAAGUAACCAUAUUUCCAAAAAAAAAAACAUAUAUUAUUUUAUUAUUAAAUUAGUUAACAACUAUUGUUUGAACACCAUGGCGGGUAAGAGGACAACGUUCGACUUGAUGAACCUGGGAUAUCCCAUAAACUCCGAUCCGUACGAAGAGCAUCCAGAAAGUUCUUCAUCGCCCAGUCUGCUGAGAGAAGCUCCACUGUCCCACAGGGAGUUGAGGCGUAAAUUGCACAAGGAGGCCAGGAAAGUGAUGCCGGACUUUUUCCCGCGGGAUCCAUCCUCCAGUUCGGACGAUUCGGAUGAUUUUGAUUUUCCAGAGACGCUGAACGAAAGGGCACGUCGCACGUCCUUCGCCCGUCGCCGCAAAUUGCACUACAAUGAGUUUGCGACGGUGGAGUUGGCCAGGCGGCUGAUCCACGAUGAGUUCACCACCUCAACGGACAGUGCACGUAGCGAUGAGAUCGACUUCAUCGCGGAAAGGGCCGAGGAGGAGUGCCAUCCCUGCGAGGACGAUUCCAAUGACUCGUUUCCGUACCUCCAAUACGAUCGCGUCACCUGCCGUUCGCAGAUUUCCGAUGAUAGUCUGCCGAAGGAGGAUCCGGAGCCGGGAUUCGAUCCCACCCAUCACUGCUACGAUAAGAUAAUGGCUAACUUGGCUGACAUGGCCGAGCAGGUACCGGUAUUAACUAUUCCCGUGGAAUCGGAGCCGACACCGACACCACCACCACCACCGCCACCUCCACCACCACCUGCCCCGGAAGUGGUUGAGACACCAGUUGUGGAGGAGGAGACCCCAACUGAACGCAAGCCUUCAUUGGAAAAACACACUCGAGUCAUAGACGGGGGCGAAAAAUGGGACCUCACAUCAGUUAAGGCCGUGCCGAGAGUCAUUCGUGCGAAGAAUGAUAAAAGUAAUAGAUCGCGGAAUUUAUAAAUCAAAGAUCAUAUGUAUUUACAUUUGAAAGCCACGGCCUUAUAAAAUACAUUUAAUCAUUGCAACUUUCUAUUAAAGGUAGAGAGUUAUAACUUGCAAAGACAUGUCAAA